AUGUCGUGGUGGAGCGUUUCUGUUCUUGUUGAUGUCACAACCACUGCUUUGUGUCCUCAACAAUCAACUUGCUCCAAAGUCAUUUACAUCAAUGGCCUUCAAAAAACGAUUGUUGGAAUUUUCAAGAUGGUGGUUCUUCCACUUCUAGGCCAGCUUUCAGACGAACACGGUCGCAAACCUUUACUCCUUGUUACCAUGUCCACAACUAUAAUUCCUUUUGCUUUACUUGCUUGGAACCAAUCCGAGGAAUUUGUAUACGCCUACUAUGUGACUCAAACAUUUUCAUACAUAAUCAGUCAAGGGAGUAUUUUCUGCAUUUCUGUCGCGUAUGUCGCAGAUGUUGUCAAUGAAAACAAAAGAGCAGCAGUAUUUAGUUGGAUCACUGGUCUAUUUUCUGCUUCACAUGUUCUCGGGAACAUCUUGGCUCGAUUUCUUCCUCAAAACUACAUAUUUUUGGUUUCAAUAGCGCUAUUGACCUUUUGUCCAAUUUACAUGCAAAUUUUCCUAGAUGAAACUGUGAAAAUGAAUCCAAAAAAGAACCAAGAGUUAGGCUUAUGCAAAAAAGUCGUUAGCGUUGUUAUCCGAAGAUACAAAUCUAUGAAAACUGCCACGCAAAUAGUAAUCUUCAGUCCAACAUUAAGAGGCAUGGCUCUUGUUUCUUUCUUUUACGAGUUGGGAAUGUCUGCCAUAAGCAGUGUUUUGCUGUACUAUUUGAAAGUUGUUUUCGGUUUUAACAAAAAUCAGUUCUCAGAACUUCUGAUGAUGGUCGGAAUCGGGUCAAUCUUUUCUCAGAUUGUGUUGCUUCCAAUACUUAACCCUUUGGCUGGAGAGAAAGUGAUUCUAUGUUCUGCCUUACUUGCAUCAAUAGCAUAUUGUCUUGUGUCCAAAACUUACACUUGUGAUUCCAUUUCCGGUCAGUGUCUAUGUCCAAAACUUACACUUGUGAUUCUGUUUCCGGUACCAUACUUAAGUGCCUCAUUUGGCAUAAUCUAUGUCCUAGUGAAACCUUCUACAUAUGCUAUUAUUUCAAAAGCAUCAAGUUCAAGCAAUCAGGGAAAAGCACAAACUUUUAUUGCUGGUGCACAAUCUAUAUCUGAUUUACUAUCACCAAUUGCUAUGAGUCCUUUGACUUCACUGUUUUUAUCUAGCAAUGCUCCAUUUGAAUGCAAAGGUUUUAGCAUUAUAUGUGCAUCUAUAUGCAUGAUAAUUUCUUUGAUUUUUGCUUGCAUGUUAAAUCCUAAUCCUCAUUCAAGUAAUGACCUGUAA